AUGUACAAAACAUCCUCACUCUUGAACCGUCUGCUGAAACAUCAAAAACAGUUUCGAAGGUUGGCCAUCCCAGUGAAUCAUUCACACCGUUUCACACCAUUAAAUUUUCAACCAUUGACCAUCUUUCAAUAUCAUGGUGCCGUGACAUUUAGAUCCUUUCAUUUUGAUCAUCAGAGUCAAUUGGGUCAAUUUGAAAAGAAAGAAGAAUCGCAUCAGACGAAUGCUAAUCAUCAAAAAGACAUUCCUUCCAACCAUCAGGAUCAUGACAAGAAUCCAAUGGAUGACUUGAAUAAGAAUUGGAGUCAAUUGUACGAUUCCUUUCAAAAUAUUUCUUCCUCCUUAAUUUCAAAUCCAAAACAAACCGUCCAGUCCAUCAAGAAGGAAUCAUCAUCUGCUUUGAAUGAAUUUCUUACCAAAAAUUCAAUAACUACCAAUGAUCAAAAUGAGAAUAACAAACCUCCCAUGGAACAACCAACAAAUUCAUCGAUUCAGGACCUGCAAGACAAAUAUGUCCAUGCAUUGAAAUUUCCAAUCAAGCCACAAGUUUUGUGA